GGAUUUUCUUGGAGCGACGGGAAGCGACGCCAAUCGCGACGAGGCUUCGCCCCGUGGCGCGGUUUGAAAUUUUGCUGGGCUCAACGGCUCGCUGAGCGGCUACCCGGAGUGACAUCGCCGGUGUUUGCAGGUGGUUGUUGCUCUCGGGGCCGUGUGGAGUAGGUCUGGACCUGGACUCACGGCUGCUUAGAGCGUCCGCCAUGAGGAGAAGUGAGGUGCUGGCGGAGGAGUCCAUAGUAUGUCUGCAGAAAGCCCUAAAUCACCUUCGCGAAAUAUGGGAGCUAAUUGGGAUUCCAGAGGACCAGCGGUUACAAAGAACUGAGGUGGUAAAGAAGCAUAUCAAGGAACUCCUGGAUAUGAUGAUUGCUGAAGAGGAAAGCCUGAAGGAAAGACUCAUCAAAAGCAUAUCCGUCUGUCAGAAAGAGCUGAACACUCUGUGCAGCGAGUUACGUGUUGAGCCAUUUCAGGAAGAAGGAGAGACAACCAUCUUGCAACUAGAAAAGGAUUUGCGCACCCAAGUGGAGUUGAUGCGAAAACAGAAAAAGGAGAGAAAACAGGAACUGAAGCUACUUCAAGAGCAAGAUCAAGAACUGUGUGAAAUUCUUUGUAUGCCCCACUAUGAUAUUGACAGUGCCUCAGUGCCCAGCUUAGAAGAGCUGAACCAGUUCAGGCAACAUGUGACAACUUUGAGGGAAACAAAGGCUUCUAGGCGUGAGGAGUUUGUCAGUAUAAAGAGACAGAUCAUACUGUGUAUGGAAGAAUUAGACCACACCCCAGACACAAGCUUUGAAAGAGAUGUGGUGUGUGAAGAUGAAGAUGCCUUUUGUUUGUCUUUGGAGAAUAUUGCAACACUACAAAAGUUGCUACGGCAGCUGGAAAUGCAGAAAUCACAAAAUGAAGCAGUGUGUGAGGGGCUGCGUGUUCAAAUCCGAGAGCUCUGGGACAGGUUGCAAAUACCUGAAGAAGAAAGAGAAGCUGUGGCCACCAUUAUGUCUGGGUCAAAGGCCAAGGUCCGGAAAGCGCUGCAAUUAGAAGUGGAUCGGUUGGAAGAACUGAAAAUGCAAAACAUGAAGAAAGUGAUUGAGGCAAUUCGAGUGGAGCUGGUUCAGUACUGGGACCAGUGUUUUUAUAGCCAGGAGCAGAGACAAGCUUUUACCCCUUUCUGUGCUGAAGACUACACAGAAAGUCUGCUCCAGCUCCACGAUGCUGAGAUUGUGCGGUUAAAAAACUACUAUGAAGUUCACAAGGAACUCUUUGAAGGUGUCCAGAAGUGGGAAGAAACCUGGAGGCUUUUCUUAGAGUUUGAGAGAAAAGCUUCAGAUCCAAAUCGAUUUACAAACCGAGGAGGAAAUCUUCUAAAAGAAGAAAAACAACGAGCCAAGCUCCAGAAAAUGCUGCCCAAGCUGGAAGAAGAGUUGAAGGCACGAAUUGAAUUGUGGGAACAGGAACAUUCAAAGGCAUUUAUGGUGAAUGGGCAGAAAUUCAUGGAGUAUGUGGCAGAACAAUGGGAGAUGCAUCGAUUGGAGAAAGAGAGAGCCAAGCAGGAAAGACAACUCAAGAACAAAAAACAGACGGAGACAGAGAUGCUCUAUGGCAGCGCUCCUCGAACACCCAGCAAGCGGCGAGGACUGGCUCCCAAUACACCGGGCAAAGCACGUAAGCUGAACACUACCACCAUGUCCAAUGCUACUGCCAAUAGUAGCAUUCGGCCUAUCUUUGGAGGGACAAUCUACCACUCCCCCGUGUCUCGACUUCCUCCUUCUGGCAGCAAGCCAGUCGCUGCUUCCACCUGUUCAGGGAAGAAAACACCCCGUACCGGCAGGCAUGGAGCCAACAAGGAGAACCUGGAGCUCAACGGCAGCAUCCUGAGUGGUGGGUACAUUGGCUCGGCCCCCCUCCAGCGCAACUUCAGCAUUAAUUCUGUUGCCAGCACCUAUUCUGAGUUUGCGAAGGAUCCAUCCCUCUCUGACAGUUCCACUGUUGGGCUUCAGGUCUGUAUGGCAACCCCUGCAUGUCCCUUUUCCAAACUGAUCUGUCAUCUGCUGGCUUCAUUCAUCUGGGCACAGGGCUACCCUAACCAGUAAUCUCAGCAGUGUUACAAAGGAAGCAGGAAUUCCUAUCAUGGACUCAAAAAAACACAUCUGAUUUACAUUCACCACAGAUUAAUAAAAUUUGUUCAGACUUGAAUUGGAUUCUCAGCCCCUAAAGUCAAGCACAGUUUUAAAUCAUGUUUAACAGAAAACCUUGACCCUCCCCAAUUGUGACAUCAAAGGCCAGCAAUAGCUGGAAAGAAUAGAGGCCCCAUCACGUGGGGGAAGGGAGCCCCCGCUGUGUGCUGCCUACAGUGAGGCUCUUGGCCUGUGUGCUGAUUAUUUCCUGGAGUAUAUACCUUCCUAACCCCUCAGGGCUCAACCGCCAGCUCUAGUCUCAGCUAGCUAAUGCUGAUUUCCUCACCCUUGCCUCUUUCCAUACAUUGAGCUACUGAAGCAUAGAUGAAGCACUGGAAGCAAGUUUUUCCAGAAUGCUCUUCACUUCCUGUUAUCCUACUCUAUAUCUGCUAACAGCUAACUACACUGCCUUUUACUUAAUCUGUGAUUUCUUCUCUCAAUAUUUUACUAGCGAGAGCUGAGGAUGUCCCUCACCCUUGAGGGGAUAUUGAGUUAAACUCCUAGCCUGCCUCCCCUCUUAAUUGCUGCAGGGAUGGAGAAUGGAACAGUUGGCCAAGGCUGCAGCUAGUUUUGAUCACUGACUCCAGCAUGUUUUUCAAAUUACAUGGCUGGUGGUGCUUCUACCUUUAAAAGUGGGUGUGUGUCACUCUGGCUGAUUGCUGGACAGAGGUCCAGCGUUCCCUUUUUCACUUGUUCAACCAAGGCCCAUUUUAUCUGAGACUUAAAUGUACCUGCCUAUCUGUGUGGCUGGUCCUAGGUAGGUUCAUCUGGUUUGGGUUGCUAUGGCUGAUAGACUCCACCAGGCAGCACCAAAGCCGGUAAACUAACCUCUGCUAAUAUCUGUCUUUCUCAACGGCCAUUCAUGCUUUGUCUUUUGCUGCUAUACCAUGUGCUCCAGCAUGAGAUCAAAUCACCAGCAGGUUACAAGGCCUCAGCCCCAGGGAUUGGUAGAUAUAUGUUCUGGCCCAUUGUUUUAUAAAGGGCUCAACAGACCAAAGCUUGUUGCCUACUUACCUUGACAACUCUAAAGUAGCUUUGUGAAGCAGAGUCAUGCCUCACUUAAUGACAGGGAUAUGUUCUGAGAAUGUGGGGCAGUUUCACUGUGUACAUAUCAGAGUGUACUUAACAGUCCUAGACAGAAUAGCCGACACACCUAAGCUAUAUGGUAUGGCGUUUUCCUCCUAGGCUACAAACCUGGGCAGCAUGUUACAGAAAGAAUACUGUAGACAAUUGUGGGUUUUUUUGAUUCAGGCUAUUCCUGGGAUACUGUAGGCAACUGUAACACAAUGGUAAGUAUUUGUGUAUCUAAACAUAGAAAAGGUACAGUAAAAAUAUUGUAUAAUCUUAUGGGACCACCAUAGUGUGUGUGGCCUGUCGUUAACUGAAACAUCAUUAUGCAGUGCAUGACUGUAUGAAGGAUUUCCCUUCUGUGAGGUGUAACAGGAUGGACUGGCUGAGGAAAGGGGUCACGGGCAUGCGUGCACAUGCACUGUGUCUGACUAAUAGAAUGGUGCUCAGAGUUCCUCACCUUUUACUCCUAACGCAGCCUAUUGCAGGCUAGGGAUCUCAGAGAAACUACCUUCGAGGGACCUUUUGAUGACAACCAUACUUAGAAGGGUGGGGCAUGUGUAAUAGAGGCAGUACUGCCACUGAUGUUAUUUAUUUUUCAACAGCGAGAACUUUCAAAGGCUUCCAAAUCUGAUGCUACUUCUGGAAUCCUCAAUUCAACCAACAUCCAGUCCUGAGAAGCCCUGAUCAGUCAACCAGCUGUGGCUUCCUGUGCCUAGACUGGACCUAAUUAUAUGGGGGUGACUUUAGUUUUUCUUCAGCUUAGGCGUGCUUGAAACCCUGGCCAGGUUCCAUGACCAUGGGCCUAACUUAAAGAUGUGAAUGAGUGUUAUAGUUGAAAGUCCAUCAUAGGUUUAGUGGUCCUAGGAGACUUGGUUUUGACUUAAAUACGUUAAAGGUUUAUGGCAGGAAGUGCAAAUUUUAGCAUAUGGGACCUGACUUCUCUACCACAUAAUUCUACUUGCUGAAGCGUGAUCAAAGCUUGUUUUAUUUCACUGCUGUGUAGGAAAAUGAUUGACUAUGCCCAUCCCUGGGGUAAUUUUGGCAUGUAUACCUAUAACUAGUAAUUAACAUCUUUUUUGUUUAGGCAUGUUCAAUUAAUGCUGUAGCUAUCAUAGCUUUGCUCUCACCUGAAGCCUUGUCCCCACCACACAGGACAGCCUUCCUCCUGAUGAGAAUGUCUGUGUGCGUCCGAAGUUGAGAUGGCCUGCCCUACUGCCAAAGAGGUGACAGGAAGGCUGGGAGCUGCUUUGUUAAAUUGUGUUCAGUUCUGUUCCACAGUUCAGUGCCCUUUGUUGGGGGUGUGCAUCUAUGAACACACAUGCUUGUCGGAAAGCUUUCUUCGGCGUUUGUCCCUGGCUGUCAUCUCCCCAUUCCUGUGCCUACUUUGCCUGAGUUCUUCUACCCCCGCAGUUGCCAGCUGCAUUGGGAGUCUAUUUGUUCCAGUGGGUUGGGCUGUCUUUGUCUUGGAGAUCUGGAACUUUGCACAUGUCACUACUGGGGAGUUGUUCCUGCUCUAGCAUCCAUGAUGAGGCGCCCUCUUUACCUACCCUCAAUCACUACUCUUCUUGAAGCACUAUUAUUUAUUCUUCCUCUGUCUGCCUGCAGCAGUACUACUGUCAACAUAGUGUAAAUGGUUCUCAAAAGCUUACCAGUGUGGACUUGGUCUGUGUCAGCCACACUGUUUACUCAUACAGUAUGUGCCCUGUUUUUAAAAUAUAAAAUUAUUCUUAAAAAUAAAUUAAAAUCUGUAUACUUACAUUUCAAAAA